GGAGGCGGAGCCGGGGCCAUGGCAGGCGGCGGGGCCGCGCUGCGCAGGGCGCUGCUGGGAGCGCGGCGGGCGGCCAGGCCGCGGGGAGCUGCCGGUGGAAGCCGCGCUGCCAUGUCUUCACAGUCCCACUGGCUGACAACGGAGGAGAGGAGCCAGGUUUUACUGGAUCUCAAGGCUUCAGGCUGGGUGGAGUUGAGUGAAAGAGAUGCCAUCUACAAAGAGUUCAAUUUCAAGAGUUUUAAUCAGACUGCUACAUCAGACUGCUACAUCAGACUGCUACAUCAGACUGCUGGCUUUUGGAUUUAUGACACGUGUUGCUUUACAAGCAGAGAAGAUGAAUCACCACCCGGAAUGGUUUAAUGUAUACAGCAAGGUUCAGAUAACUCUGAUUUCCCACGACUGCGGUGGACUGACCAAAAGAGACGUGAAGCUGGCUCAGUUCAUUGACAAAGCUGCUGCCUCAGUGUAACCAGGAUGUAAAAACACUUCAAUACAGUGUCCUGUAUUAUACAGUAUUAUGUAAAUGGUAUCCCUCAUUCCUUGUAACCCUUAUUUCCCAAACCUCCGGAGACAGGAUGCUUUGUAAAGGGUGGCUUAGCUUUCUUGGCCUUUAAGAUCUUGUGACCCCUCUGGAUGCCUGUGCUUGUCCUUUGCCAUUGCUGGCUCUGCAUGUGGAUGUAGCAGGGAAAUCACCAACAAGUAAGUUUUGAACAAUGCUUUUAACAAGCUUGAAUGAAAGCAGGAGCCCAGGCACACGUGUCGGUGUUCCCCAGGCCCACAGGAGCCUGCUCCAUGCUCAGGCACUUCCCUACUCUAGCUUUAUACAUCUCUGCACUUCAAACAGUGGGAGAGCAGCCAGGUUGGGUCAGUCCUUCUGCAUUGGUCCCUCCAUCUCUGCCAGCGACCCAUGGCAAGUACAGGAGAUGCUGGUGAGAUCAAUGCAAGCUGCUGCUGUUUCCUUGGAGUUGCAGCUCAACUGGCAAUUACAGCUUUGCAAUUCAGGGUUUGUUCUUUGCUUGUCUGAUGGCUCUUUGAGCCCUUUUGCACCCACAGCCCAGCAGCUGUACCCAGCAGCAAUGUGUGACUGAGAGCCAUUCCCCAUCUCAGAUGCAGCACUGGGUCUUGCAGAUGCUGAAAACUUUAGGUUUUGGACCAGCAAAUACAAAAAGAGCCCAGAUUCACACUGUGAAGUGCAGCACGUGCCUGAGUGUGUGGCUGGGCUGGGUCAGGACUCAUCACCUUGCGGGAUUGAGCCAUUAUUUGUGUUGUAACACUCAUACCUGCUGGAUCCGGGCACCAUCCAGAGCUGCCGGCGGUGAAGGAAGCGGCAUUAGCAGGAUUCUUGCUAAGCUGGGCUCAGCUGGAGCUAUGCUCACCCUUCUUUUCCCCCCUCUGUAGCUACAAUUACUCAUCGCAAACAUCGUUCCAAGAGCUGCAGAUCCCGCUGACGAGCUUUAAUUUCUUCCUUGAUUUCAAAGUCUUUGUUUUUAUCCGAUGAUCCUCACUGAGACAGAUUUCCACUGCUGGCAGGGAGGUUUCAACCUGCUUAAGGCUUGCAGAAGGGCCUCUGGGCUCUGCAAUCCCACUGCAGUGUCCCUGACGUGCACCGUCAUGCCCUGCAAGCAGCUCUGGGUGCGGAGCUUGGGGGAGAUUGACACCUCCCAAAUGCCUGAGUGCAUUGCUCGCAUGACACAGCCACCAGCUACUGCGAAGUGAGAUCUGCAAGUGCCAGCGUCUAUAUCGGGGGGUGUACGCGAGGUGUGUGGUCUCUCAGAUAUUCAGGAUGCAAAAUGCCAGUAGCUGCCAUGCGAGUGUUGGUGUCGGUAAAAUAAGAAAGGUAUUUUUUGUUAAUCCUUAGCAAUGUCUUGUGCUAAUUGGUCGUAGGAAGCAAGAUGUAAGAUAUUGGGGUUUGUUAUUGGUAGCACUACUUGGGGGAUCGAGUUAAGACCUAAAAAGACCCAAAUUCCAAGUACGUGCUCCAGAGUUCGCUGCUUACAAAGUGUCUUUCCCCAGAGAAGUAUCUCCCUGAUAUGGUUUGGAAGCUGUCACUGAUGUGAGGGAUGAAUAGAGCUAAAACAAACAGGGAGGCUGUGAUGUCUCCUGUCACUGAUGAGGGAGUGAAAGGAGCUUCCCCCAAAGUUUGACAGCAUCUCUAACGAGCUGUGAAAACUCUGUUGUUAGCAAUGGGUACCAAACGCGUGUGCUGGGAAUAAAACCAAUAACAUCAAA